CAUAGUAAUCAAUCAUGAUAAAAUGUCUUCGUCAUCAUAUGCACAAGGGAAUCCAAGAAUGUUCAAUCAUAUCAAAAUAUUUCCAAUCAUGUUUUAUCUAACUGGAUCAUCCAUGAAAUUUUUUUGGUGGUAUUCAUUAUUCAACACUAAUGUCCAUGGCUACAAAAGAACAGAUCUGUUUGGCCUAGUUUUGAUACCCUUGGCAAGGACAUACACACAUCUCAUAAUUCCUUGCAAUAUUUGCAUGAACUGUGGGAGAAACAAGAGUUGAGAGUUAAACAAUGAGUAGAACACAUGUUCUGGUUUUGUCUUUCCCAUUACAAGGCCAUAUUAAUCCUCUUAUGAAGCUUUCACAUGAACUGGUCAAACAUGGCAUCAGAAUCACACUGAUUUCAGCCAUGAGUGAAUCAUGAAAGCUUGGACAGUAAGGGGUGAAGAAGAAGAAGAACAAGUGGGAAAUGAUCUGAUUCAACUGGUCUCCAUCCCAGAUGGCUUAGAACAAGAAGAAAGCAAGGAUCGUCGUGGGGCAAGAUUAAUGGAAUCAAUGUGGAAAGUCAUGCCAAAGAAGCUGGAAAAGCUGAUACAAGAGAUAAAUGAAUCAGACAGUGUAAAGAUAACCUGUGUGAUUGCAGAUGGGGCCAUGGGAUGGGCACUUGAAGUUGCCGAGAAGAUGGGAAUCCAUAGAGCUGUAUUCUGGUCUGCUUCAGCUUUACUCUUGGCCAUGGUGCUCAGCAUCACAAAACUGCUUCAUGAUGGAAUCAUUGAUAGUAAUGGUACACUUCAAGCAAGAAAGAAAAAGAUAAAUUGCUUGAAUCAUUUAGAAGGAUCCCUUUGGCCUGAAGACUCAAAUUGCUUGAAUUGGCUUGAUCUACAACAAGAUAAAUCAAUUAUAUAUGUUGCUUUUGGAAGUAUAGCUAUCCUUGAUCAUGCCCAGCUGCAAGAACUAGCAUUGGGACUUAAACUCUCAAAUAAGCCAUUUCUAUGGGUUGUAAGAUCAGGUAUCAACAAUGAGGCAAACUAUGACUUCCUAAAAGAAUUUGAAGAGAGAUUGUCUUCUCGUGGGAAGGUCGUCGGUUGGGCCUCCUCAAUAGAAAGUUCUAAGCCAUCCUUCAAUUGCUUGCUUCUUAAGCCACUGUGGUUGGAAUUCUACCUUCGAAGGUGUCAUCAAUGGAGUGCCUUUCUUGUGCUGGCCUUUAUUGGCUGAUCAGUUUCUUGAUGAGACCUAUAUUUGUGAUAUUUGGAAGGUCGGGUUAAGGCUUGGUCGAAAAGAUGGGAUCAUUAGCAGAGAAGUAGCAUCUAAGAUUAAUCAAAUGUUCGAUGAUGAGGGAUUCAGAGUGAGGGCUUUAGAGCUGAAGGAAAAGGCCAUUAACAGUGUCAAAGAAGGUGGCAGCUCAAACAAGAAUUUGAAGAACUUUGUUGAUUGGAUUAAAGCAUAAAGAAAGUAUUGCAAUCUUAUAAAUGAACUGUAAUAUGACAGAAGAACAAAGAGGAGAUGCUUUGUUCAUCAUGUGACAUCGAAGAAUGUAGCUUUUAAUUUCAUCUGGGCAUAGUACAACCUCACUGUAAGAAGGGUGUGGAAAUUCUUAUUAAGCUAAUGGAUUUCCUUUCGUGUCGUA